GGGCGAUUGACGGCAGCAACUGCUCCCCGCGGUUUGCUAUUCCCAUUCCGGCGAUGAUGCAUUCCUCAUCCGCCACUUGAACUUGGACAACCGAGACGAUUGGCAUAUGCUGUCUUUCGUUUCGUCCUUCAUCUCCCAACAACAUGCGGCUCUUCCUCGUUCGACACGGAGAGACCGUCGACAACGUGGCCGGUUUAUACGCAGGCAUCCGUGACUCCCCCCUCACCACCCACGGUGUUUUGCAGGCACGUCGUCUAGCCUCGCACUUUGCCUCGCGGUCGUCCUCAAUUGGUCCUGUCACGCACAUCUUCUCUUCCGAUCUGCAGCGCGCAGUCAGUACUGCCCAGGCCAUUGUGGACGCCCAGGUGACGAAGGCAACGGAGAAGGAAGAUACGGACCAUUCCAAGCUCCAAUUGGUUCAGGUUGUCGAGCUUCGCGAACGCGAUUUCCGAUCUGCCGAGGGGAAGCGCUUUGGCACACCGCAUUCCGAUGCCGAAACGCAUGACGAGAUGCGCGCGCGAGCCACCGAUUUCGUACAAGUCCACCUGGAUCCGCUGCUGGACAGUAUCUCCAAUGGUGAUAACUGCAAGACCAACACCACCGUCGUGGUUGUCGCGCAUGGCUUGAUACUCAACUCGCUCUUGAGAUCACUUUUGGCGCGUUAUGCCCCAGAAGAGCUGACGAGGCUUGCCAACGCAAAGCUGUCGUCGGGUUCUGUUGCCGGAAGGUCAGAAUUUCUCGCUGCUUGGAGCAACACUGGAUAUCUCGAGAUGAAGGUGGAUGCCAUUGCCUCGUCUGAGGAGACCGAGAAGUCGACUGUUCAGUUGACUGUCGUCCGGGUCAACGUCCUUGACCACCUCCACGGCCUGAAAAGGACCAGGGGUGGCAUUGGCAGUGCCAAAUUUGACAGUAAACAGAAGACGAUGGAUUUGUUCUUCAAACCCGCUGCCAAAAAGCGACGGGUUGGUUGAUCGGUGUCAGCAAUUGACAGGAUAUCUUGAACUGGCACCACUCGAGGCUUGCUGGAAUAUGUCAAGCCAUCGUCACUUCGGUGCACUUCAGAAUAGCUCUCAAUGACACCUGAUCAUCCAU